AUGACUUCACACAUUGGUCCCUGGAGGACUGGGGCCCAAGGCCACCUUAGCUCAGACGACAAUGGCGACCCAAAAACCGACUACACCCGCUGGCGGUUGGUCAAUGAAGAAGGACGCCAGACAUGGCGCUAUCUUGAAUCGGAUGAAGAGAAUUCUGCCUGGUUGCAGUCGACUGCCGAAAAAUAUCAUAUGGGCCUCCCUACAGGUCUUCCAAUUUUGCCUGAGGCCAAAACACCUCGCCAAUCAGCAGAGAAUGGACUUUCGUUUUUCUCGCAUCUACAGCUAGAGCCUGGAAACUGGGCAUGCGAGUAUGGUGGUCCUAUGUUUCUUCUUCCAGGUAUUCUAAUCACCUACUAUGUGACCAAUACCCCUAUUCCCCCAGAGUACGCGACGGAAAUCAAGCGUUACCUAUUUGCCCGUCAAAACCCAGACGAUGGCGGUUGGGGUCUGCACAUUGAAGCUCAUAGCUCUUGCUUUGGUACUUCCAUGAACUAUGUUGCUUUGCGCUUGGUUGGUGCUCAUGAGGACGAUCCUCGUAUGAUAAAGGCUCGUGGCCUUCUGCACAAGUUCGGAGGUGCCGUCUAUGGACCCCACUGGGCUAAGUUCUGGCUGAGCAUCCUGGGCGUGAUGGACUGGGAGGGCGUCAACCCUGUUCCCCCCGAGAUCUGGCUUCUCCCCGAUUGGGUCCCAUUUGCUCCUUGGCGCUGGUGGAUCCACAUGCGCCAGGUCUUUCUGCCUAUGUCUUAUCUAUGGUCCAAGAGAUGGUCUUUUCCGCUUAAUGACCUGACCCGGCAACUGAGGCAAGAACUAUAUACUCAGCCAUAUGACACGAUUGAUUUUGCCAAACACCGCAACUCUAUCCACCCGGCCGACAAUUACUACCCCAAAACAUGGCUUCUCAAUGGACUUAACGAGCUCCUGGUCCGCGUCUGGAAUCCAUUUCUACGACUCAACACCAUUACUCGACGAGCUGAGGAAUGGACAUGGGAGCUUAUUCGCAUGGAAGAUGAGAACACAGACUAUGCUGGACUGGGACCUGUGAACAACCCAAUGAACAUGGUUGCCUGCUACCUCCAUGAUGGCCCUGAUAGUUAUUCGGUGCGUCGCCACCGAGAGCGACUGAACGAUUAUAUGUGGGUGAAGAACGAGGGAAUGUUAGCCAACGGUACCAAUGGUGUACAGGUGUGGGACACCACCUUCAUUACCCAGGCAGUCGUAGUAGCUGGACUUGCCGAUGACCCUAAAUGGCGACCCAUGCUCACGAAAGCUCUUGAGUUUAUUGAGGAUCACCAGCUGCGGGAGAAUGUGCCAGACCAGGAAAAGUGCUACCGCCAGCACCGCAAAGGAGCCUGGCCAUUUAGUACUAAGACUCAAGGAUACACUGUCAGUGAUUGUACUGCCGAAGGUCUUCGAUCGACUCUUCAACUACAGGAGAUGCACGACUUCCCUAAGCUAAUUUCCGUGGAACGACUUAAGGACAGUGUAGACUGUCUACUGCUGAUGCAGAACCCAAGCGGUGGCUUCACGGAAUAUGAGACCAGUCGUGCAUCUGCCAAGGUUGAGUACCUCAACGCCGCUGAAGUAUUUGGUGGAAUCAUGGUUAGCUAUGACUACCCGGAAUGCACCACUGCUUCGGUUACUGCGCUGUCACUCUUUAGCAAGUUUUAUCCCGAUUAUCGCGCGGACGAAAUCCGCACAGUGAAAGAGAAGGCCGUUCGCUAUAUUAAGCGUGCUCAGCGCGCUGAUGGCAGUUGGUACGGCUCUUGGGGUAUCUGCUUUACCUAUGCUGCAAUGUUCGCUCUCGAGAGUUUGGCUAGCAUUGGUGAGACUUACGAAACCAGUUCUCACUCUCGCCGUGGCUGUCAAUUCCUGCUGUCCAAGCAAAAAGAAGAUGGCGGCUGGGGCGAAUCAUACCUCAGCAGUGAGAAGCAUGUCUAUGUACAACAUGAGAAGUCUCAGGUGUGCCAGACUGCAUGGUCAUGCCUCGCGCUUAUGGAAGCGGGAUACCCUCAUAAGGAGCCUCUUGAGAAGGCAAUGAAGCUACUCAUGUCUCGGCAGCAGGCUAAUGGCGAGUGGCUGCAAGAGGCUAUUGAGGGAGUCUUCAAUCAGUCAUGCAUGAUUUCUUACCCUAACUACAAAUUCUACUGGCCGAUCCGUGCUCUUGGCCUAUACGCUAAGAAAUUCGGGAACGACCAGUUGCUGUGA